AUGUGGGCUCCUCUGGCCUCCCUGGCUCUGCUUCCCGGGACCUUGGCACUCGUUGGCUCUCCCGGUGACACCGCCGUCAUUCCAGGAUGGCAUCUCCAAUCCAGCCUACAUGCCCCCAACAAUCUGUCGCAGCUGUCCCUCCCCAAUGCCGAUGUCAGCAAGUGGUAUCGCAUCGGUUCCCGAGCCACCGUCUUUGCGGGACUCCUGGAGAACAGCGUCCACAAUGAUUCCCAUCUCUGGUACUCCAACAACAUGGAGUCGGUCGACCAGACCAUCUUCCGUUCUCCUUGGCUGUACCGCGAAGAGAUGACCAUUCAAUCCCCCCCAAAGGGCCAACAUGUCUUCCUCGUCACCCACGGUAUUGGAUCCAAGGCCGAUAUCUUCUUCAACGGCGUCCAGGUGGCUUCCAACAAGUUCCAGCAAGGGUCCUACGGCGGCCAUCGCUACGACAUCACCUCGCAUCUGCACUCAGGUGCAAAUGCUCUGCUCAUUCAGGCCUAUCCCACCAACUAUCUGCGGGACUUUGCUCAGGGUUUCGUGGACUGGAACCCCUACCCGCCCGACAAUGGCACGGGUGUCUGGCGUAAUGUCGAGCUGAAACAGACCGGACCCGUGUCGCUGUCCGCGCCGCGCGUCGUGACGGAUUUCAAGGACACAGAUGCCAAGGAAGCCACGAUCACCAUCAAAGCGGAUAUUGAGAACCACGAGGGUGCAGCUGCUACUGGUCUCGUUCAUGGGGUAAUUCAGUCCCCUGAUGGAUCGCAGUCAAUUCAACUGUCUCAAAAAUUCCAACUGGGUCCGGAUCAAAACACCACCGUCUCCAUCGCGGUCCCCGUGUCCAACCCCCAGAUCUGGUGGCCUGCUGCAUGGGGACAGCAGCCCCUGUAUACCGUCAGUCUCAACUUGUCUCUCAGCGAUGGACAGGUGUCCGAUUCCGCGGCCCCGACGCGUUUCGGCAUCCGUAAGGUAACAUCUAAAGUGAACGCACACAAUGACACCGCGUUCACCGUCAACGGUCACGCGUUCCAAGUUCGAGGCGGCGGAUACGGACCAGACAUGUUCCUGCGUUUUGAUAUCGAGCGCGUCAAGACUAUCUUCCAGUACAUGUUGGACAUGGGACUGAACACUGUCCGUCUGGAGGGGAAGCAGGAACACCCUGAGCUGUAUGAACUCGCCGAUCGUGUCGGGUUGAUGGUGAUUGCUGGAUGGGAAUGCUGCGAUAAGUGGGAGGGAUGGGAAUACAACGACGAAGCCGCUGGCGAGAAAUGGACCGAGAAGGAUUAUCCCAUCGCUCGCGCGGCCAUGCUCCACGAGGCAGAAAUGAUGCAGGCGCAUCCAUCCAUGCUUGCAUUCCUCGUCGGGUCUGAUUUCUGGCCGAACGAUCGAGCCACUGCCAUCUACGUCGACGCGCUGAAUCGUAUGGACUGGCCGAACCCCGUGAUCGCCUCCGCCAGUAAACGCGGAUACCCGAAACAGCUGGGCCCAUCGGGGAUGAAAAUGGACGGUCCGUAUGAUUGGGUGCCACCGAAUUACUGGUACCACGAUGAACAAGGCGCCGCGUUCGGCUUUGGGUCCGAAGAGGGUGCCGGUGUCGGUACUCCGGAGUUAUCGAGUAUGAGACAGUUCAUGUCUCCUCAGGACCUGGAAAGUCUCUGGAAGAAACCAAAUCAGAAUCAGUACCAUAUGUCCCGGUAUGACUCCAGUUUCUAUAACCGGAAGCUCUACAACAAGGCGCUAUUCGGUCGAUACGGCAAACCCACCGGAUUGGAAGACUACGUGCGCAAAGCGCAGAUGAUGGACUACGAGGCUACCCGUGCCGAAUUUGAGGGCUUCGCUACCCGUCAGAAUGCUUCGCGUCCGGCGACCGGCGUCGUGUACUGGAUGUUGAACAGCGCGUGGCCGAACCUCCACUGGCAGCUUUUUGACUACUAUCUCCGUCCUGCGGGGUCUUAUUUCGGUACUAAAGUUGGUGCGCGUCUCGAACAUGUCGCGUUCGAUUAUAGCGAGGAUACAGUCUAUCUGAUCAGCCAUGCCGUCCAGGGGACAGGAAAGCGUAUCGUAUCUGUGGACCUCAUCGAUAGCAAGGGGAAAUCCAUCUCCCAUGAUGAAGUCACCGUCGAUACGGCGCCCAAUGCAUCGAAGUUGGUCGCUAAGCUUGCUGGAAGGGAUAAGAUCCAGCAGGUUGGAUUCCUCAGACUCGUUCUCAAGGACGCUCAGUCAGGGAAUAUCCUCAGUCGGAAUGUCUACUGGCUUUCAGCUAAGAAUGACGUUCUCGACUGGAAACAGUCAAACUGGUAUACUACCCCGGUUACCAAAUAUGCAGACCUCUCAGCUGUCAGCAGUGUCACUCCUGCGUCUGUCAAGGCGAGCAUAAAGCCGACCACAGCAGGGAAGCAUGGAAUGCGUCAUAUGGAAGUGACACUGGAGAACCAGUCCGAUGUCCCUGCUGUAUUCUUGCAUCUGUCUGUCAUCGAUCCGGAUACGAAGCAGGAGAUUUCUCCCGUGUACUGGUCGGAUAAUUACGUUUCGCUCUAUCCAAAGGAGAAGUUGACGCUGACGGUGGAUGUGGCUCAGUAUAAGGGGGUGAUUUCGUUGGAGGGGAAUAAUGUUAAGAGUGUUAUAUUGGGGGGGAAUUAG